UGUCCAGAUUUCCUUUCACUUUAAUACUCCAUCUUUAACCUUUUUUUUUCUUAAGAAAACUCUUUUUUGUUUCAUUACUAAUGUUUAUCAACCAUUCAUAUGAGUAUCACAAAUUAAACAAAUUAAAGACCCAAUUGAAGGAAAAGUCUUGUUGACCCAAUUAUAUCAAAAUUUUCAUGUGGAUUUCUCAAUAACCCAGAGUUAGUAGGAAACGAAUUGAAAUCGAUAAUAAUCUGGUCAAGGCAGUGCCUCUUGGUCGUCGAACAAAUAUCCGAUCUCUGGCUUGUGCCAUGCAUAUGUCAGCAUCAACUAUGUUUCGGCGUUACAAAGAAGGAGCUAUAAGGGCACACACCAAUGCCAUAAAGGCUCAUUUGACAGAGAACAACAAAAAGGCAAGGAUUCAAUUCUGUUUAUCUAUGAUUGUAUCAAGUACACUUCGUUCGAAUCCUAUGUUUGUAGACAUGUAUAACUAUGUCCAUAUUGAUGAAAAAUGGUUCUUUCUAACCAAAAAAAGUGAAAGGUAUUAUCUUCUCCCUGAAGAAGAAGAAGAAGCAAACCCUUAUAGGUCUAGCCAAAGUAAGAAUUUUAUAACGAAAAUUAUGUUUAUGGCUGCUGUAGCACGCCCUCGGUAUGACGAAGAUGGAAUAGAGUUGUUUUCAGGGAAAAUCAGGGGCGGAGCCAGGAUUCCGACGAAGGGUGUUCAUAUUUUAGGACAGGGGAUGUGUGAGCGAUAGUUUGCACAUCCUUAGCCGCUAGACUAUCCUUCGUUUCUAUGUCAAGGUUGUUCAUUACUAGUAUAUAUCCACAAAAUUCUAUAUUUAACAUAGGCAUUCGAUAAUUUUUUUCGACGAAGGGUGUUCAUAUGAACACCCUUCAAUGGGUGUGGCUCCGCCACUGGGGAAAAUAGGAAUCUUUCCUUUUGUUUUCCAGGAACCAGCUAAAGGGAAUAGCAAAAACCGAGUGGCGGGAACUUUGGAAACAAAGCCUAUUUUAUCUGUCACUAAAGAUGUCACUAGGAGUUGUUUAAUUGAAAAGGUUCUUCCAGCGAUUCGAUCAAAAUGGCCGCUUCCACAUGCAAAUGCUCCUAUUUUUUUCCAACAAGAUAACGCAAGACCUCAUCUUAGCGUCGACGACUUAGAAUUUAAUGAAGCUGCCAAACAAGAUGGUUUUAAUAUUAGGUUAUGCUUUCAACCUCCUAAUAGUCUGGAUAUGAAUGUUUUGGACCUCAGAUUCUUCAGAGCGAUUCAAUCCCUUCAGUAUCAAAGGGCUCCUUUAACUAUUGAUGAGUUAAUAGAAGCAGUUGAGAAAUCUUUUGAUGAGAUGGAAGUUCAUCGACUGAAUCAUGUGUUUCUCACUCUACAGUCUUGCAUGGUCGAGGUGAUGAAAGAUAAAGGUGGGAACAACUACAAAAUCCCACAUAUGAACAAGGAAAGAUUAGAACGAGAAGGAAAUCUUCCUAUUCAAGUUUGUUGUGACGUUGGCGUAGUUAAUGAAGCUGUAGCUCUACUUCAGAUGUGAUACAGAUGUCAAGGCUAUUUUGCAACUUUAUUGUAAAGGUUCUCUGUUUUGUGAACUUAACAAUCACAUAGUUUUUGCAUAACCUCUCUUUUUGCUUAGACUUGUGUAUUUAAAAAAGUUAUGAAGAUCAAGUCUGUAGUUUCUAUGGAAUCCUCUCUUGUAAAGACUAUGAAUAUAUAAGUUGGGAUCUAUAAUCCCAAAUGGUUCUGA